GGACUGGGUCACUUGGACCUUGCUACUUCCUGCUCUUCGGUCCAUGGUUCAGACUAUGGAGCUGUGGGCUCAGCUGAAGCAGGCUGGACUGGAGUCCAGUGGAUUGGGCCCACUCCCCCAGGCCCUACGGAUGCCCCCACCAGAGGGGAACCCUGGUCAGGCCCUUAUGUCUUCAGGGGCCGAAUUUGGGGGUGCCAGGGAGCUGUUGCUGUGGAUCUGGGAGGAGUUGGGGAACCUGCGCCGCGUGGAUGUUCAGCUGUUGGGACAACUGUGUGACCUGGGACUGGAGAUGGGGACCCUGCGGGAAGAGCUGGUCACCAUCCUGGAAGAGGAGGAAGAAGAUGACGAUGAGGAGGAGCAGGAGGAGGAGGGGGAGGGGAAGAACUGUGUAGAAGAGAACAAAGGGCUGCAGGGAAAGCAGGGGGAAAAAUGUUCAGGGAACCCCUAUCCAGCCCAGCGCCUCCCUGACUUUGAGAUGACCAUCUGAGGUGAUAUAGUUUGAUAUGCAAAUGAGAUGCAAAUUCACGCAAACCCACGCAAAGUUUGAGAAUCCAUGGUGCUCCUUCAGCAGACUGCUCCACCCGAAGACGCGCAGUUGGAGAGCCUGGCAUUGGCCUGGGUGCUGUGAGCAGGUUUGAUUGUAGAUUUGGGAGGGGCACAGAAGCCACAAGGUCUGUCUGUAGAGAUGUCUGCAGCGUGGCCUGGAGACCACGUGCUUGGCAAAAGUGAUGGAAUCUUAGCGGGCAGGACUGAAGACCAAUUCUGGGUAGUGUGGUAGGCGCCACGGCCAGUAAGCAACUGAAACACGCUGGGUUCAGACUGAGAUGUGGAAAACGACAAAGGUCAAACGUUUCUGUGGUAAAACCUCGCAACAAUUUAAACAACUCAAUGACUAUAUGUUGAAAUGGUAUUUCGAAUAUAUGAAAUAAAAUAUUGA